AUGUCCGACGGACCUUCCAAAGACGAGCUCGUCGAGAUCUUUAAGUCUCUCAAGACAACUCAAAAGGGUAACAAGGUAUGCUUCGAUUGUGGAGCCAAGAACCCAACAUGGGCCUCUGCCACCUUUGCCAUCUACAUCUGCCUCGACUGCUCUUCCGUUCACCGUAAUAUGGGCGUACAUAUCACCUUUGUCCGCUCCACCAACCUCGAUUCAUGGAACUGGUCCCAACUACGCCUCAUGAAGGUGGGAGGAAACGCUGCCGCUGCCGAGUUCUUCAAUAAGAAGGGAGGUGCUCACCUCCUUGUUCCCUCAACGGAAGGCAAGGUGAAGUACACCUCAUCGGUAGCAUUGGCAUACAAGGACGAGCUUCAGAAGAGAGCACUUCAGGACGCCGCAGGUCAGAGUCUUAACAGCCCUGUAUACUUUCCAGGUCUUGCCGUUCCCAGUGCAGAGAAGUCAGCACCAGCAGCGAAUGCCAAGUCCGGCGGAGGUGGCAUGGACGAUUUUUUCGAUGAAUGGGACAAGCCUGCUACUUCUACCAGAGCACCAGCACCAGCACCAGCAGCGGCACAAGCACCAAAACCCGCUCCCGCACCAGCAGCCGCCCCAAAGACCGUCACCUCAGCCUCUUUACGCGCUAGCAGCUCCGCCGCCCGAAAGACUUUGGGUGCAGUCAGCCGCACUUCCUCCGCCAGUUCAACUCCGGGCACCACCACUCCGACAGGAACCGGCCCAACCACCACAGGCAUGUCUGCUGCUGCCGCCCGACCCGCACGAGCGGGUAAGCUUGGUCUCGGUGCCAAGAAGGCAGGCGCACCCAUCGACUUUGCCGCAGCUGAAAGAAAAGCCAAGGAAGAAGAAGCUGCACGAGCUGCAGAGGCCAAGGCGGCUGAGGAUGCCGAAGCCAAAGCUCGUGAAGCGCAAAAGGCCAGCGAGCAGCAAGCUGAAGCAGAACGCAUUGCACGUGAAGCUGUGAAAGCAGCUGUCGGCAAGACGGCUGCCCCUUCCUCUCCCGCAACCAAGAGUGGUGCAGCCGGCGCUCGAACCGGUGCUGCUGCCACUCCGGAUGCAUUUGCUGCUGCCAAAGCCAAUGGCGACAUGGACCGUCUCGGUAUGGGCUUCGGUCGUCUGGGCAUGAAGGCCAACGCACACCAAGCCAAGCUUGCCGCAGAACGCGCCGCCGCUGCCGCCAACAAUGCCUCGGCUACCGACUCGGACGCUGACGGCGGAGAACCCAGCUACGCGCGCAACAAGUUCUCAAGCCAGAAGAGCAUCUCGUCCGACCAAUACUUCCAGCGAGGCUCGUACGAUUCUCAGGCCACCUCGGAAGCACAGCAACGUUUGCAGUCAUUCCAGGGCCAGACUUCCAUCUCAUCGAAUCAGUACUUCGGUCGCGAGGAGGACGAGGAAGGCGAACAGGGACCACAGCAGGGUGGAGACUUCGGCGAUCUCGAGGCAACUGCACGAGAGUACUACGAGCGAUUUAUGGCCAACCCGGAUGUUCAGAGCAGCAUUGACAGCUUCAGGUCUGGUGCUCUCAAGCUCUCACAGUAUCUUGAAGAUUUGAGCCGUAACGGCGCUUAG